UGUGUGUGUGUGUGUGUAAUAUUAAACAAGGAGGAGGAGAUAGCCAAAUACUCUGCAGUCAUUCCUGAAACGGUUGCUUAGAAAUCUGUGCAGAAGACAUUUAGCCAUCUGUCACUGCCGGAAAUGAUUUGACUGCCAGGUGAGUGACAGGUUGUGUAUUUGUAUCAAUGUGUCAGAAACCUGUGAAGAUAAUCAUUUGCAGCCACUAAUGGCUCCCUGACUAUCCUUGCUACUGGUUUCUACCCAGUACUUGCUUCCCUUGCUUUUGGAAUAAAUUCUGAGGACAAGGAACUUGCUGUUUUCAAAAGCAUUCGUUCUGAGAGUGGAUACCUUGGAUACCUUAAGAUUGGAGUUGUUUUGUCUCAGAUGAGCAGCAUGUGCCCUUUUUCUCACGGUGGACAGAUGUCCUCCUUUGCUCAAGGUGCCAUCUGCCCAGCUGUCACCCAGUUGGAUCAGGCGUCACCUAGUGUCACCCUGAGAAUCUCUGUUGGUCCUGAUCUCAGUUUAAAGAACUUGAGCUGGCUAAGAACGUUAAUAAUCCUCCCAGGACUUUCAAAGGGAGCAGACUGGCCACGUAGACCCAGGUAAAAGGCUGAAACCAGGAGGUUCCCACACAGGUGAGCUUGCCGGAAGGGUAACAUUUCAAGUGAGAAAGGAGUAGCAAUGGGCUCUGGUAAUUUCUGGCUUCUUGGGCAGAAAGUUAAGUUUUGAUUCUGUUUGGUCUAUAUUCGAAAUAUUGGUGCGAGAUCCUUCUGGAAUAGCAAUAGGCAGAAAGGAGAGGUUAAAUUUGGGAUGACUACUGAGAAGGCACUGCUGGUAUUCUUUCCAAGACUGGUAUUAUCUUUCAUGGCAUUUCAUCACAUCAUAAAGACUUUCCUGUGCCACUUGAGUUUGGUAUAAAGUUGCAUUUACAUUAUCAAGUUGUUGUUUUUUCCUUUUGUAAUUAUAUAUUCAAAAUUUCAGUGCUCAGAAAUUGGGCUUUUUGGAUUACAACUCUCAGAAUCCCCCACUAACUGCCACUGCAUUCUUGGAGUUGUAGUUUUAAAAAGCAGCAUCUGUGUUUUGUAUAAUGAUAGUGUGCCUUAUUGCUUUUAAGAGACUUUAGCCCAGCUGAGUGGUCUGUAAGCCUCAGAAGGGUAGGAUUUGUUUAUUAAAUGAAGAGAUGGACAAAACUAGGAUGGUAGCCAUUAGAUCUUUCUAUUUUUAAUUGCAUGACCUCCUUCCCUUAUCUCUCCCUACUGCCUUAUGCAUUUCCUUUACUUUCCUAGGGAUGCUGCCUAUCCACCUCCAGGCUCAGAUGAAAACUGGACAGCACCGUGCAAUACUGCUUUGAGCUACUGUGGGAAACCAGGGUUUCAAUCCCUGCUGGGACCUGGCUGUGUGUUCCAGCCUUCUUCUGAAAUGGAAUCUGUCGUGAAAUCAGCAUUCGCAGCCCCAGCCAAGCAACUGAUGUGUUGUAUCUCAGCAGACUUCCCUAAGGAGAAAGAUCCUGGUACUCCAAGAUAUUUUAGCCGGGAUCGGAAGCCCCAGAUGUCUCAGAAGCAGCAAAACAAGCGGGAAGCAGCCUUUGUUCAACGGAAGGCCGAACGUGCUUCCAUGAGGGCUCAUCUCCGGGAGAAAUAUCAUCUGCCAAAGAACCGGACAGAUAAGAAGCAAUUGGAAAUGGCCGGGGGUAAGACAAAACUCCCCCAAGACCUCCUGGUUAUUGUGAAGCCUAAGGCCUCUUCGGAGUCUGGCUCCAUCUUCUCUACCUGGCGUGGUCUGGAUUUCAGUUCCUUGAGGAUCACUGCAGAAAACGCAGUGGAGUCUCUCAAGCAGCCUGUGCAGUGUCCUGUGAUGUGAAUGAUCCCUCUCCUCACCUCCAUUUAUGAACUUCUCUCCAGCGUACCUCGCUGCAACGACAGUAGGAGAAAGUACAAUGCUUCAGUGAGGUGUAGCCUCUCCAAACGCUGGCACUUGGAAGUCCUCCAGGCAGUCUUGGUUCCAAAACAUUACAUCUGUUGGGGAAAUGUAGAAGUUGGUGACUCCUACAUACCUUUGCCAAAGGCUGCAGUCUUCUCUCAGUAUAGCUAUAGAAGCCAUUUUGGGUUCCAAUUUUGGGAGAAAAGUGGGAGACAAAUUAAUAUAAUAAAUAAACAAACAAACAAACGAAUGAAUGAAUGAAUGGAAGGAUGGGUACUCUAGAAAUAAGCUGCACAGCCACCAUCUUGAUGUUCUCUUAGCAUCACUUGGAACCUGAUUUGUGCCGCAAUGUCCCACACCUUUUAUUAGAACUUUCAUGAACUAGACACUGCUCUUUGAAUGCUGCCACAUCUAAAACUCAGUGCCCUGGUAACGGAGCCUUUGUGGAAGUCUUAUAACCUUCAGCAUUUCACAGAUGAAAACUGGACACGUGUGGCUAAGCAACAUGAGUGUGCUCAAGAUGGCAAAGGUUAUUAGUAAGGAAGAGCACAUGAGCUUGGAAAGACUACAGCAGUUUGCUUUUGCCUGGAUCUACAACAAAGGGCAAGGUUCUGCCUUUUCUCCACUGUGGAGCGCAAACGACUUUUGCGCUUUGAACUCAGUUUGCAGCAGGUGAAAUAAACGACAGACAAAGGGGGAAAUGGAGAGGUUAGAGAAAAACUAGGACAUUUUAAAAGCAGUUGAAAAAGUGGGAUGAGACUGUCUCUGCUAAAUCAGUAUGGCUGCAUUGUAUAUGAGCUUUUCUAUGCAUGAGGCCCCAAUUCAACCCCUGGCAAAUCUGGUAAUGGACUGAGAGGCACAGCCAUGCUUGAAACUCUGGAAAGCUCAUCAACCUACUACCCAGAGUUGGUCUGAGCUCUUUAUGACCCACUUUGCUGUUGUCUUUUGGGUGACACUACUUUAAAGUAGUUUUAAAGGGAGGUGUUCAUGAGGAAUGAGAUUCAGUCUCUUGUAUCAAUAAAGCAUUC